AUGAAGACAGAGAACGACAACAUGAAAGGGGAAGAAAAAAACAAAGUUGAAUCACCACACACAAUAAAAGAAAACAAAGAUGAAAUAAACUACCAACAACUGUUUACAAAUUUUGCGUCGAAUACUACAGCACAUGGAUUUGGUCAAAUAACACUGACACAAAAUGUACCAGUAAAAUUAUUUUGGAUUUUAAGUUUGCUCGCUUGUCAUAUAGCGUUAUACUUCCAAAUAACACCGCUAGUGCAACACUAUAACAUUGAUUAUGGAAAUAGCACACCUAAAUCUUAUGAGAAUGUAUUCUUGACAACAUGGGAUGAGUAUUUCACACAAACAGAAUUCAGGAAGAAGUACACAUCAUCUAUUGAUGCACUUGUACUUCUUGAUGAAGACGAGUUGUUUGAACAUGGCACAAGUUUAAACGAAAUGGUUGUGUCUUGUCAGUGGAAUUUUAAAGAGUGCUCAUCAGGGCAUGCUAAAGGUCACUGGAACAGAUUCUGGCAUUGGAAAUAUGGCGCUUGCCAUGUGUUCAACUCUGGUUUCUCACAAAAUGGUACAGCAAAAGAUAUCUUAACUGUCAGCAGCCCGGGUCCUGAUAAUGCAUUGAGUUUAACUCUCUUUAUAAAUCAAUCCCAAUAUAACUCCGAUGUCACUGAUGCCGCUGGCAUUCGGUUUUACAUUGGAGAUCAAGGAAGACUAUACUCCCCUUAUGCUCAAGGACACAGCUUGUCGCCAGGCUUCUCAUAUUUUGUAGGGUUAAGAAAGAGAAACAUAAUACAUGUGGACCCUUUAAAAAAUGAAAGUUGCAAAAAGCACCAUAAGACUAAUCUACGAAAUCCUGUCACACAAAACGUAUUAACAAAAUACAGCAAAGAACUUUGCAAAUACUUGUGUUUAACGGAAAAACAAUUUGAUCAUUGUGGUUGUAUUGAAUACUAUUUGCCUAAAACUGUAUCGAAAAACAAAACAUGCACGUCCGAAAGUGAACGGUUGUGCACAUCUGGACGCAAGAAAAAUCUCACAGCAGCUGACAACAAAUGUAUGAAAAAGUGCACUGCUCCGUGUGACGAGAUUCAAUACAAAACACAAAUUUCCAUGAAAAAAUACCCAAAUAUUAAAUAUAAAGAAAAAGAAUAUGUACAUAGUAAAUCAAGCAAGGAUGAAGAAAUAGAAAAAGAUGAUGACUACUUAAAAGUUACUUUCUACUAUGAAACUAUGGAAACUGAAAUUUGGGAAGAUGAAGAGGUCUAUGGUAUUGUGAAUCUUCUUGCAGACAUUGGUGGACAACUGGGAUUAUUUUCAGGUUAUUCAGUUUUGACCAUCAUUGAAUUUCUCUUCUUUUUGUUUUAUGUUGCGGCACAUACAGUUUAUUUUAUCAUACCAGGAAGACGAGCUCGCCAGAAUUAAAAGCAACUGCAGAAUUCUCAUGUGUGCUACAGCGUGCUCAGAAAGUUCAAAGGACAAAAUUAUAAUCUUAAGAAAUCCGAAAUGCGCAUCAAUAAUAAAGUUUGUUUUCUUUUUACGUUGUUUUCAUGUGAUGCUAACAAGGAAAGGCCAGGUUUUAUAUAGGUUAGUAUACUUGUGAGUGGUGCAGCUAGCUAAGCCUUCAGUUUAUGCUAUAGAGCUAGUUUAUUCAUUUCCAUUCCUUUAGAAUUGUGUAUAGCUAAA